GGAAGCGUUUAACAAGCAAAGAUGAGAUCAAAGGAAUUCAUUGGGCCUCAUGGACCUGUGUGAUAGGGCCUGAAGUGAAUGGAAUUUGGCCAAAAUAUACCAACAUUACAGAUGUCAACUCUGUGGAUGGAAAUUACAGCAGCUCAGUGCUAGUGACUGGAGAUGAUUUUGGAUUUGUAAAAUUAUUCAAAUUUCCUUGCCUAAAGAAAGGAGCUAAAUUUAGAAAAUAUGCUGGCCACUCAGCACAUGUAACUAAUGUACGUUGGUCACAUGAUUUUCAGUGGGUGUUAAGUACAGGAGGUGCUGAUCACUCUGUUUUUCAAUGGAGAUUUAUUCCAGAAAAUGUAACAAAUGGAAUAAUUGAAACAGCAUCCCAAGAGGGUGGUAUUGAUUCAUACAGUGAAGAAUCAGAUUCUGAUUUAUCUGAUGUGCCAGAGCUAGAUUCAGAUAUUGAACAGGAAGCUCAAAUCAGCUAUGAUCGCCAAGUUUACAAAGAAGAUCUACCUCAGCUGAAACAACAAAGUAAAGAGAAAAACCAUUCAGUGCCCUUCCUUAAAAGAGAGAGAGCUCCUGAGGACAGCUUAAAACUGCAUUACCGAGGUUAUGACUGUCGAAAUAAUUUGUUCUACGCACAAAGUGGAGAGGUUGUUUACCAUAUUGCUGCUGUUGCCAUUGUAUACAGUAGGCAACAACACACCCAAAGACUAUAUCUUGGUCAUGAUGAUGACAUCCUCAGCCUGACCAUCCAUCCAAUGAAAGACUAUGUUGCUACUGGACAGGUUGGAAGAGAUGCUGCUAUUCAUGUGUGGGACACACAGACGCUAAAAUGUUUAUCAUUGCUGAAAGGCCAGCACCAAAGAGGAGUAUGUGCACUGGAUUUUUCAGCUGAUGGGAAGUUUUUGGCAUCUAUUGGGUUAGAUGAUAAUCACACCAUUGUAUUUUGGGACUGGAAAAAAGGAGAAAAGAUAGCCACAACAAGGGGCCAUAAAGAUAAAAUAUUUGUAGUGAAGUGUAACCCACAUCGUGUAGACAAACUAGUCACAGUUGGGAUGAAACAUAUCAAAUUUUGGCAACAAGCAGGAGGAGGUUUUACAUCCAAACGAGGGAUCUUUGGAAAUAUUGGGAAACUGGAAACUAUGAUGAGUAUUUCUUAUGGGCGAAUAGAAGAUAUGGUUUUCUCUGGAGCUACUACUGGAGACAUUUACAUCUGGAAAGAUAUUUUGUUGCUUAAGACAGUGAAAGCCCAUGAUGGACCAGUAUUUGAUAUGCAUGCAUUGGAUAAGGGUUUCGUAACAGGUGGAAAAGAUGGAGUUGUGGCACUCUGGGAUGAUAUGUUUGAGAGGUGCCUGAAGACAUAUGCUAUUAAAAGAUCAGCAUUGUCCCCUAGCUCUAAAGGUUUACUUUUGGAAGAUAAUCCCUCCAUUCGUGCCAUCACCUUAGGACAUGGGCAUAUACUAGUGGGGACCAGAAAUGGAGAGAUACUCGAAAUUGAUAAAAGUGGCCCUAUGACUUUGCUUGUUCAGGGGCAUAUGGAAGGAGAAGUGUGGGGCUUGGCAGCUCACCCUCUCUUGCCUAUCUGUGCAACAGUUAGUGAUGAUAAAACACUGAGAAUCUGGGAACUUUCCUCACAACACCGCAUGUUAGCAGUGAGGAAACUCAAAAAAGGUGGAAGAUGCUGCGCUUUUUCUCCUGAUGGGAAAGCCUUGGCUGUAGGGUUGAAUGAUGGAAGUUUUCUGGUAGUGAAUGUUGAUACUGUUGAAGAUAUGGUCUCUUUCCACCACAGAAAGGAAAUGAUCUCUGAUAUCAAAUUUUCACGAGAUUCAGGAAAAUAUCUGGCAGUUGCUUCCCAUGAUAAUUUUGUAGACAUUUACAAUGUGCUGACCAGCAAAAGAGUUGGCAUCUGCAAAGGUGCAUCUAGCUAUAUCACACACAUUGACUGGGACUCAAGAGGAAAGUUAUUGCAAGUCAAUUCUGGUGCCAAAGAACAACUGUUUUUUGAAGCACCAAGAGGAAAGAGACAUAUUAUAAGAGCUGCUGAGAUAGAGAAGAUUGAAUGGGAUACCUGGACAUGUGUUCUUGGUCCUACUUGUGAAGGAAUCUGGCCCAUGCAUAGUGAUGUCACUGUUGUAAAUGCGGCUACUCUUACAAAAGAUGGUUCACUGUUAGCUACAGGAGAUGACUUUGGUUUUGUGAAGCUUUUUUCAUAUCCUGUGAAGGGGCAACAUGCAAAGUUCAAGAAGUAUGUGGGUCAUAGUGCCCAUGUAACCAACAUUCGAUGGUUACAUAAUGAUUCUGUGCUACUGACUGUAGGUGGUGCUGAUACUGCUUUGAUGAUCUGGACUAGAGAGUUUGUGGGCAUCCAAGAGAGUAAACUGGUUGACAGUGAGGAGUCAGAUACAGAUGCAGAAGAGGAUGGAGGUUAUGACAGUGAUGUUGCAAGAGAAAAGGCUAUUGAUUAUACAACAAAGAUCUAUGCAGUAAGCAUCCGAGAAAUGGAAGGCACAAAGCCACACCAGCAGCUGAAGGAGGUUUCAGUUGAGGAAAGGGGAUCAAGGCCACCAGUAAGCAGAGCUGCUCCUCAGCCUGAGAAACUGCAAAAGAAUGAUAUCAACAAAAAAAAGAAACUGGUUGAGGAGCUGGCUUUAGACCAUGUUUUUGGAUACAGAGGAUUUGAUUGUCGCAACAACCUUCAUUACCUCAAUGAUGGUGCUGAUAUUAUUUUCCACACAGCUGCAGCAGGCAUAGUUCAAAAUCUUUCCACGGGAAGUCAGAGUUUCUAUCUGGAGCAUACCGAUGAUAUUCUCUGCCUCACUGUGAACCAGCACCCGAAAUAUAAAAAUGUUGUGGCUACCAGCCAGAUUGGUACAACUCCGUCUAUUCAUGUAUGGGAUGCUAUGAAUAAGCAGACUCUUUCUAUGCUGCGAUGCUUCCAUGCCAAAGGAGUCAACUAUAUUAACUUCAGUGCUACUGGCAAACUUCUGGUGUCAGUAGGAGUCGAUCCAGAACAUACUAUCAUUGUGUGGAGGUGGCAAGAAGGGGCUAAAGUGGCUAGCAGAGGAGGACAUCUGGAGAGAAUAUUUGUUGUAGAGUUCCGCCCGGAUUCAGAUACUCAGUUUGUGUCUGUUGGGGUAAAACACAUGAAGUUCUGGACACUAGCUGGCAGUGCUUUACUUUAUAAAAAAGGAGUCGUUGGUUCCAGGGAAGAUGCUAAAAUGCAAACCAUGCUUUCUGUUGCCUUCGGAGCUAAUAACCUUACGUUUAGUGGUGCCAUAAAUGGAGAUGUCUAUGUGUGGAAGGAUCACUUUCUGGUUAGACUGGUGGCAAAAGCUCAUACAGGUCCUGUGUUUACAAUGUACACAACUCUUCGAGAUGGACUAAUUGUAACUGGAGGGAAGGAAAGACCGACAAAAGAAGGCGGUGCCAUAAAAUUGUGGGACCAGGAGAUGAAGCGCUGCCGAGCAUUUCAGCUUGAGACAGGACAGCUCAUUGAGUGUGUGCGCUCAGUUUGUAGAGGAAAAGGCAAAAUUUUAGUGGGAACGAAAGAUGGGGAAAUACUUGAAGUAGGAGAAAAAAAUGCUGCUUCAAACCUGCUGAUUGACAAUCACAUGGAAGGAGAGAUUUGGGGUUUAGCAGCUCACCCCACAAAAGACAUAUUUAUCACUGCAAGUAAUGAUGGAACAGCAAGAAUCUGGGACCUCUGUGACAAAAAACUGCUGAAUAAAGUGAAUUUAGGCCAUGCUGCAAGAUGUGCUGCAUAUAGUCCUGAUGGUGAGAUGGUAGCUAUUGGAAUGAAGAAUGGAGAAUUUGUCAUCUUACUUGUAAACAGUCUUAAAGUUUGGGGCAAAAAACGAGACCGGAAAUCAGCUAUUCAGGAAAUCAGAAUCAGCCCUGAUAACAGAUUUUUGGCUGUUGGCUCGCAAGAACAUACUGUUGAUUUUUAUGACCUCACCCAAGGCACAACCUUAAACCGGAUAGGCUACUGCAAAGACAUUCCAAGUUUUGUCAUUCAGAUGGAUUUUUCGGCAGACAGCAGAUAUAUUCAGGUAUCAACCGGUGCCUAUAAACGUCAGGUUCAUGAGGUGCCACUGGGAAAGCAAGUGGUAGAUGCCACACUAAUAGAAAAGAUCACAUGGGCCACAUGGACAAGCAUUCUUGGAGAUGAAGUCAUUGGGAUUUGGCCAAGAAAUGCUGAUAAAGCAGAUGUCAACUGUGCGUGUGUGACCCAUGCUGCUUUAAAUAUAGUGACAGGAGAUGAUUUUGGUCUAGUGAAACUUUUUGACUUUCCAUGUACAGAAAAAUUUGCAAAACACAAGCGUUAUUUUGGUCACUCUGCUCAUGUUACCAACAUACGCUUUUCUCAUGAUGACAAGUAUGUUAUAAGUACAGGAGGAGAUGACUGCAGUGUAUUUGUGUGGAGAUGUCUUUGAAAGAGGAAUUCCCUUGCUUCUGGUGCUGCAAUUACCAUGUGACUGCAGAGGAGUGAAGAGUCACACCAGUCCACAAUGCUUUGGCUGCUCUAAUUUCUUAACAAAAAUGCUGCAUGGAUUACACACUUUCGGAAUCUGAGUGUAGUAAUAUUGAGUGCUACUACAAUCUUGUAUUUGAAAGACUGUGAUGCCUUUAUGAUGGAAGCUGAAGUUUUAAAAGUUGUUCCUAGGUCUCAGCAAUGAACAGUUCAAUCAUUAAACUGCUUUUGCUAAAUAUUUUUUAAUUAUUCCAAGCAACUACAACUAUUAAAAACAAACAAACAAACUUUUGAAAGAGUCAGUAAUCAUAAAAUGUAACAGCAUUUAAUUUGUGAAUCUGUAAAAUCAUUUCUUUACACCUUCCUUCAGGAAUGUUCCCAUUUUAACACAACUGUUAAAACUCUUGUUUGGAAUUUUAUGCAUUGUGAGUAAGGCUUUGUAUUUUUUUAAAAUGACCACAGGGGGUUUCACAUUCACAUUGAAUAACCAAAUGAACCAAGUAACACAUUUUUAAAGUUCACUAUUUUUUUUAAAAGAACACAUUUAAUUUGCAAAGUUUUCUAUCCAUGAAGUGCCUUUGAAAGAAUUUGCGAAUAGGCCUCCCACCACUGUCAGCUUUCUAGAUAUGGUGCUAUAAACUUCCAUCCUGAAGAGGGCUUCACACAAACACUUUUUCCAGAUCUGACAUGGUCACCCAUUUUCUGCUGGUACUAUUCUUAAUACUGUCACAACUGAAUUCCAAAAUGUUUCCUUCAGAAAGAACAUACAUACUGUUAUACAAGCAAUUAUCUGAACCUCCUGUUUGUCACUGACAUGAACAAUCUAUUAAGGGGCGGAAUGUAUCUGGCUCAUGAAGGUAGCAGGUCAAGGCCAGGAUUUAAGCUCAACUCUGAGGGAUGAUAUGGGUACAAAGGACUUUUUUUGGGGGGAGGGGGCGGAAUCAUUAAAAAAUACUGCUAUCUUCUUGUGUUCCUCCCUCUCUUUGAGUCUGUGCUUUAUAUUUGACUACGUAUACAGUAAAAGUUUAGUAAAUUGCUUUGGACAAGAGUCCAAGAAGCACCAUUUCCCAUCUUUUACUCAGGAAGAGCUUCUCGGAGAUGUGCUAAUUGUACAUAAUGAAUGACAGGUAAAGCAGUAAGAAGAGAUUAGGUUAAUCCGGCAACCAGUCAUAUGCUGUUUAGAAACAUGUAUGUGACAUUAACAAAAAUAAACAGAAUUGAAUGAAAAUUCAAAUGGAACAUUUUUGUCAGAAAAUGCCAUUUUUUCAAAACCAAAUCUUUCGACAGAAAUUGUCUAUUUCAGUGAAAUUUAGUUUUAAAAAAGUCUAAACUACCACACAGUGGAAAUGCUCCAUUUUGAAUUUUCAUUCCAAAACAAAACAACUUUUCAUUUUGGUAUAUAUUUCAUAUUAUAAACAAAUGUAAAAAGUGAAAUGUUUGAUUGACCCAAACGUACAUACGUACGUGUGUUUAAGUAAAUGUGCGUUAUAGGAAAUCUUGUUUUUGUUCCAAAGCAAAACAAAAUUUCCUGAAUAAUGGAAAUUCUGGUUCCUGCCUAUCUCUAAAAAGAAGGUAGCUAUUGGCUAUAAAAUAUCGUAGAAAAGAGAGAAGGCACGCAUUAUGAAAAUGUAAUGAAUAUAUAUUUAACACAAGUGCUUGAGGAAGCUUAGUGAUUUUUUUUUUUUUUAAUAAAUGGAACUAUUGCCUUACAAUACUCUGCAAAAGAUCAGUUUGUCAGACACAUAAUAGGAGACCCCAUGUAGUCUUAAAAAAUAAAAAUAAAAAAAAAUUAAGAAAUCUUUUCUGUAUUAAGAUAAUGUAACCAUGUUGGGUGAGCAUUUUCUUUGCCUAUGUUGUAAUGUUGGCCUUUCACGUUGAUUGUAUCCUGAAUAAAAAUAAUUGUGUGAUGGAAUGAAUUGCUAAAUGGUUAUCUGUGAAAAAUAUUUAAGAGCAAUAGUGUCUAUCAGGAAAACAUUUAAAUAAAUAUGAUUUGUAUAUGUUUAUGUGGUUUGGUUUUUAUAUAUAAUAUGUUCAGAAGUAAUGCUGUAUUAUUAUAUUGUAUAUGACAAUAUUAAUGCAUGAAUUUAUUUUUCAACGGUCAAAUAAUUGUUUGAAAACCCGUGUGUCAAAUAAAUUUGGUUAUCUAUUUUCAUUGAUUUUAUUUUUACAGUCAAGGUAGUAGAAUCAACAAGUUAUCCUGAAAAAUUGCUGGACCAACUACGUAUCUCUCUCAAUUUUCCAAAGUACUGAACUACAUAAGACAGAUGCUUGACU